AUAGGCAAAUCUUGAACACCACUUAACUCAACAUCUCUCACAACCAGAUAAAAACCCUAGCUCUUCAAUCCCCUCCAAAUCCUGAACCCCACUCAACUCAACAUCUCCCACAACCAGAUAAUCCCCUAGCUCUUCAAUCCACUCCUCCAAUACCCGCCCGACCCGUGUCAAACAAAUCAACUCGCAUGGACCAGAAAGAAAAUGGAAACUUCUGAUACACACCUUCCCUUCGCCAUCUAAGCUUCCAUGCACGUUACGGCAGCAAAAUCCUAAUUAUCUUCUCGACGAGAAAGCUUCAUUUCGGUUCAUAAUGAAAGCUGAAUUGCGGGGAAACACGACGGCGUCGAUUUAUCUGCAAAACCUCAAUCUCUUCAACACCCAGCAGAGUUCGCUUUCCGGCGCGCUCAAAGGGUGCCUCGGAACCCUGGACGCGGCAUGUAUAGAGAAGCUACUGCUUCACUGCGCGAGCGCGCUCGAGCGGAAUGACGUCACUUUGGCCCAACAGGUCAUGUGGGUUCUCAACAACGUGGCUUCUUCCACAGGUGACCCUAAUCAAAGACUUACUUCGUGGUUCUUGAAAGCCUUGAUCUCUAGAGCGUCUAGGUUAUGCCCGACGGCUGUCAAUUUCAACGGCAACGGGAUUGUUGAGAGGAGAUUGAUGAGCGUGACCGAGCUAGCAGUGUACGUCGAUCUCAUCCCUUGGCAUAGGUUCGGAUUUUGCGCGUCCAACAGCGCGAUCUAUAGGGCGAUUCAAGGGCAUUCGAGGGUUCACAUCUUAGAUUUUAGCAUCACUCAUUGUAUGCAGUGGCCUACGCUCAUUGACGCCUUGGCUAAGAGGCCCGAAGGCCCUCCAUCGCUAAAGAUCACGGUGCCGUCUUGUGGGCCACCGGUCCCUCCCCUGCUUAAUGUACCAAGCGAGGAGAUUGGUCUUCGUUUAGGUAAUUUUGCGAAGUUUAAGGAUGUGCCAUUCGAAUUCAUCGUGUUGGAUGACUCACCCAAUGCAUCUGAAUCGGCUAAUACUUUUCAUUUCGAAUCAGUCCUGAGUCAAUUGAGCUCGUUAGAUCUGAAUCUCGCGGAUGAUGAGGCUUUGGUCAUCAAUUGCCAAAAUUGGGUAAGAUACUUGUGUGAUGAGCCAAAUGGGGGUGAUUAUCAAGAUGCCUCUUUGAGAGAUGUUUUCUUGGACAUCAUAAAAGGGCUUGACCCUAAUAUAGUGGUUGUGGUUGAUGAGGAUGUUGAUUUGAGUGAGCCAAGUCUGGCCUCAAGAAUCACAACUUGCUUCAAUUAUUUGUGGAUCCCGUUCGACGCGUUGGAGACUUUCUUGCCCAAGGAUAGUUGCCAGAGGCUGGAGUACGAAUCGGACAUCGGCCAUAAGAUCGAGAACAUCAUGGGAUUCGAAGGGUUCCAAAGGGUAGAGAGGUUAGAGUCGGGCAGUAAAUUAGUGCAAAGGAUGAAGAAUGCCGGGUUCUUGAGCCUGCCCUUCUGCGAAGGGACCAUAAGCGAGGUCAAGUCCUUGCUCGAUGAGCAUGCCAGUGGCUGGGGGAUGAAGAGAGAAGAGGAUACGUUGGUGCUCACUUGGAAAGGGCACAACUCGGUCUUCGCCACGGCUUGGGUCCCCGGCAACGGAUACGAGAAUUGAAAUGGGGGGAGUCAAUGCGGAGUCAUUCCUUGCACAAGACCCGAGCUGAUCAGUCGGACUGUGUGCAAGCGCCUGAAUCAACCGACGCAGUCCGUGGAACGGAGACAAGACAACUCUUUGGGAUCGCUCUGGACAAGAAUUUCGUCUCAUGUGAAACUCGAGCCUUAUCUUAAGAUGGCCAUAUAGGUGGCUUGUACGAACUGCCACAUGAUGGCUGUUCUUUCCUCGGUGGUCCAUGAGGUGCAUGUAGAGACAAAAUGGCGCUUCGUGCUUUUCAUGUUUGUCAAAAACAAAAAUGCUGCACAAAAAGGGCGUUUGGACAGAAGGAGGAAAACGGCAACAGAGUUUUGAGAAUAAGAUCGUGCCGCUCUCGCUGUGUUCGAGCUCUCCUUAAAGUGUGAUUCACAUGAAAGUGAAGAGAGAGAGAGAGAGAGAGAGAUGCGUUGUUUUGUCUCUGUACAAUGGACAAAAUCUCUUGGAACAUAGUUUUAGAUUUGAAGACUCCUGUGCAGAAUAUUUCUAUAGAAUAUGUUUUCUAGCUA